UCUUCUAUAUCAACCCAUCAACAAAACAGCUAUAUAUAGAUCACUUGCCACUGUUAUAGAUUCAGCAACAAGAAAAACAUUAGUUUUUCAUUAGUAUCUUAUAGUUGCAAUAUACAUAAUGAAAAUGAGUAAUUACUUCAAAGUUUUGAUUCUUUGUCUUUUGGAAGUUGCAUCAACUCAAGCUCAAUUGCAGCUAGGAUUUUAUACUUAUAGUUGUCCAAGUGCUGAACAAAUCAUUCAAAACUUUGUUCAUGAACAUAUCCAUAAUGCUCCAUCACUUGCUGCAACAUUAAUAAGAAUGCACUUUCAUGAUUGUUUUGUCAGAGGAUGUGAUGCAUCAAUCCUUUUGAACUCAACAAACAAACAAGCUGAAAAAGAUGCUCCUCCAAAUCUUACAGUUAGAGGCUUUGAUUUUAUUGACAGAAUAAAGAGUCUUGUUGAAGCUGAAUGCCCUGGUGUAGUUUCUUGUGCUGAUAUAAUAGCUUUAACUGCAAGAGACUCUAUUGCAGCUACUGGUGGGCCCUAUUGGAAAGUUCCAACAGGUAGAAGGGAUGGAGUCAUAUCUAAUUUGGUGGAAGCAAGAAACAACAUUCCUGCUCCAUUUCACAACAUCACCACCCUCCAAUCUCGCUUUGCAAAUCAAGGACUUGAUUUAAGAGACUUAGUCCUCCUCUCUGGUGCUCACACAAUUGGUAUCUCCCUUUGCACAUCAUUUUCAAACCGUUUGUACAAUUUUACCGGAAAGGGUGAUCAAGAUCCAUCACUUGACAGUGAAUAUGCGACGAAUCUCAAGACAUUCAAGUGCAAAAACAUCAAUGACAUUACUACUAUAGUCGAAAUGGACCCCGGAAGUCGGAAAACAUUUGAUCUUAGUUACUAUAAUCAAGUUGUGAAGAGAAGGGGUUUGUUUGAAUCUGAUUCUGCAUUGUUGAAAAAUUCAGUUACAAAAGCUCUUGUGACUCAAUUGCUUCAUGGGUCACUUGAAAAUUUCUAUGCUGAAUUUGCAAAAUCAAUUGAGAAAAUGGGCCAAAUUAAAGUUAAGACAGGGUCGCAUGGAGAGAUUAGGAAACAUUGUGCAUUUGUAAAUAGCUAAGAAUCUUGACUUGUUGAUUUUAUAUUUUAGGGUUUGGUUAAUUGUGUCAUGUCAUGUUGUAUCUCCAUAAGAUAGACCCCUAUGUUGUAUGUGUGUUCUAUAUUUUUCUUUUGUUUUUGAACAAUUUAUGGGUGUUAUAUGCAUGUUGUAAUAAUUGUAAUAAUAACAAGUGGGUUCCAUUAAA